GAUCUCUGUUAAGAUUUAACAUCAGAAUGCGCUUUGCUUUUCUAUUUCCAGAGCUUUCUUUGGCUUGUAGUUUCACAACUAUAGCUAUUCAUAUAAUCAGUACGUAGUGAGUGUCAUAUUCAGUAGUGGGUGUUGAGUGAAGACAACAUCUAUGAAGAUAUGGUAUCGUUUUUUUUUGAAGUGCGUAUUGAGUGAAGACAAUAGCUAUCACACCAUUCAUUCAAUCAAUCACGUGUAACUUUUGUCAACAAAUUUGCAUCGUAAAGCUUCAUCUAUAAAUCUCUCUUCUUGUGCAUAAGAUUAUUAAACUUGUUCUCAAACAAGAAUUUCUGGGGGGAAAAAGAAGAGAGAUUGAGAGUAGUAAUACUGUGUGUUAUCGUCCCCAGUACCUACCUAUCUUCAAUGGGAGAAAUUCAAGAAGUACAACUCCAAAUUAAAUGUCAAGAAUCAAAAGAAGUAACGGCGGCAAAAACUGGUAGUGAAGAACCAACAUCUAAGUCGACCACAAAAGGAAGCAAAGACUAUAAUUGGUGGUUCCGGGUGACGGUGUAUGCGUUUCUGCUUAUAUCUGGUCAAUCAGUAGCCACUCUUUUAGGUGAAUUAUAUUAUGAUAAAGGCGGGAACAGUAAAUGGAUGGCAACAUUUGUGCAAUCUUCUGGGUUUCCUGUCCUGUUUAUCCCUCUGAUUGUUGUCAAGAUAUACUUGACACCCCAAACCAGUUCCACCACCACCAUAACCACCAUACCCUCAGCAUCCGCAUGGACAUUAGCACUCCUUUACAUCUCGCUUGGAGUGCUAAUAGCAGGAAAUGGCAUGUUGUACUCCUAUGGGCUCUUAUAUCUUCCGGUGUCUACAUACUCUCUGUUAUGUGCAACUCAAUUAGUUUUCAAUGCAAUAUUCUCCUUCUUUAUCAACUCACAGAAAUUCACUGCUUUCAUAUUCAAUUCUUUGAUUCUCCUCACCAUAUCAGUGGUGCUCCUAGCUAUCGAUCCCGAGGGCUCUUCAAACUCAACAACAAUUUCUGAAGGUAAAUACGUUAUUGGAUUCAUAUGCACACUUAGUGCCUCUGCCGGUUACUCCUUGUUGCUUUCCCUCACACAACUCAGCUUUGAGAAAGUGAUAAAGAAAGAAACCAUAUCUACCGUACUAGAAAUGUCAAUCUCUACGUCGGUCGUCUCUACUUGUACUUGUUUAGUCGGAUUAUUUGCAACUGGAGAUUGGAGGCGAUUGAAGAACGAGCUUAGCGAGUACGGAGAAGGUAGUGUUUCGUAUGUGAUGACUUUGGUGUGGAUUGCAGUAACUUGGCAGGUAUCAUCUGUUGGCAUACUUGGGUUAGUAUUUGAAGCAUCUUCACUCUUUUCUAAUGUCAUUAGCACAUUGGGUUUACCCAUUGUUCCAAUUUUUUCUGUCAUAUUUUUUCAUGACAAAUUGGAUGGAGUAAAGAUAGUGGCAAUGUUGUUAUCGCUUUCGGGUUUCGUUUCUUAUAUCUAUCAGCAUUAUCUUGAUGAUUGUAAAGCAAAAGAAACAAGAGCAGUUGACGAUAAAAAUGAAGAGAAAUGCUAAAUCAUCUGAAUUGUCAACCUUUUCCAUUGAUUAGUACUAAUCGGAGUUUCUACUGA